AUGGCCGAAUCGACCGCUUCGCCAGCCGAGUCAAAAUACGCGGAUGAGGUCGGGCAGAAAGCGAAGAAGGAACCUUCGAGAGCUAGCAAAGGCUUUACCCCAUGGAGACCUGCGAUAGCCGAGCAGCCCAUUCCUGAAUGCGAGCGGCACCGGGGUAUAAUCCCGCGACCGAAUAGCGAAGCACCUAACGUUGACCGGCCCUCGGCCCACGAAAGCAACGGUGCUGUCCUGCCGCCCUUGUGGCAAGACCUGAAGGGCGCCAUUCUUGUCAAGCACGGUGACCGGUUCAUUGAAGGAUACGAUCAGGUGAAUUAUCUUUUCAUCCAGCUGAUGAACCUGCGGACCAAGGGCUCCAAGCCCAACGAGCAAGAGCCCAAACGUGACCCAAUAACGUACAUUUGCCACCACGGAAUGCCAUACUGGACUAAUCCAAGCGCGUUGAAUGUAGCAAACAAAGCCAUACAGUAUCAGAUUAAGAAAAACUCCCAUGAAGAGCCUUGGUCCAACGACGAGCGCGAACAACUGGCCACUAUCUUUCGCGAAAAACCCGACAUCUCUUUGUUGUCAGCAGCCAAGAUCUUUAACUACCGCGUUUGUCCUUCAGAGAGGCAGAAAAGGGGUGCAUAUCCGAUUGGGCGGUUUGCAGAGAGCAUCCAGCAUGAGUAUCGCAUUUACAAGGCGACUUACAACCUAGGCCAAGCACCAGUGCUUGUUGCCACAAAGGACACCCCGGUCACUAAGAAAGAUAUUCCCCUCGAAGAUCUGUACGCAACAUGGACUCAAGAGAAGAAAAAUAAUGAGAAGGCUGCGAAGAAGUCUGCCGCACAGACAUCCAGGGACGCUAAAAAGGGCGCCGAAACAGGUGGAAACGAGGGAUCAAAGCCUCGCAAGCACAAGACCAGUGCGGUAGAGAAGCCAACCGGAAAAAUGAGCGAGGCUGCCGGUGUUAAGAAGCUGCCAAGGUUUCGUAGAGGCCAGACUCUGACCAAUCCUUUUGUCGAGAUGACUGUACUAGAAACUAAUACCGCGCUCAGGACUGGGGUAAUUUUCGAGCCCUCGCAGGCCGAGGCUGCAUUUGUCGUGGGGCGGGUCGCUAAGAUGGCCCAAGCGGCUGUGGAGAAUGUCGUUGUGCAGGAGAGGUUCGUCGACAAAGCUUCACGGAGCGUGGAGCUCGAUGAGAACUACGAUGAGUACGAUGAUUUGUAG